AUGGGAUGGGGGACUGGCGAGGCACUGCUGAGCAACUUCUCCGAGUUGGUUAAGUGCUCGCAGAAGCAGCACAUGAAGUCUUCUCACCUGAAGGAUCAGCUGUCCAAGGUUGCAGACCACUGGUGCCAUCGAACACUGGCAGCUGCUGUUGGUGCGGACUGCAUUUCAUACAAGCUGCUUCGGGACAUGGCCCACGAGGCUCAGCGCAUCUUCGUUGCCAAGGCGAAAGAGUCGUCAAAUGCGGAUAGCUUCACCGCGGCCACGUUCUUGCGACAGGCUCUGCCGGAGACACGGCAGGCCUGGCGGGCGAAGCUCGUUCAAAUCCAGGGGGAAACCAACGACGAUUCCUGGAAACAGUGGCUGGAAUCCUGGGAAACCCCGAGUCUCUGGGCUUCAUUUGAAGGCUGCCUUCGAGGGUUCUAUACGGGUUACUACACGAAGUCUAUGGGAUGGGGUUGCAUUGGGGCGUUUAGGCUUUUCACGUUUUGGAUGGUUUAG